UGGAAGGCACCCGUGCCAGUGUUUUCCCACGUGCGGCGUGAACCUGCGUUAUGAUAAGAUGGGGGGUUUGGUGAUUCGCGCGAUCAGGAAUUUCAACCUAGAGAACCGAGCGCAAAAAGAAAUCAGCAAAAUGAAGCCCUAUGCUGCGCCCAGGCACCCUUCCACCAAGAGCCUCCUGCGCGAGCACAUCAGCAGCCAUCCAGAAAUUAAGGAAGAAAUUACUAGAAAAGAUGGCAAGCUGCUGUCAUUACUAAAAGAUGUGUAUGUAGAUUCCAAAGAUCCUGUGCCUUCCGUGCAGGUAAAAGCUGCUGAAACACGUCAAGAGCCAAAGGAGUUCAGAUUGCCGAAAGACCAUCACAUUAAUAUGGAUAUUAAGAACAUUCCCAAAGGCAAAAUUUCCAUUGUAGAGGCAUUAACACUUCUCAACAAUCAUAAACUUUAUCCAGAAACAUGGACUGCUGAGAAAAUAGCACAAGAAUACUAUUUAGAACAGAAAGAUGUAAAUGCCCUUCUCAAAUAUUUUGUUACUUUUGAAGUCAAAGUCUUCCCUCGAAAAGACAAGAAAGCCAUAAGUUCAAAAUGAAGAAAAUCAAGACAUUACUUUUCCUAUGUGUACUCCCCAUCCUGAUAUCCUGUAUAUUUCCUCAUUUUUAGCAUAUUAUAUAAACUACCAAGUAAUCAAUGCUCCAUUCUUGUGAAAGCAUACUAUUUAUUGAGCUCUGCUGGCUUUUCAGGAUUGCUCAUAGAAUAUAUUUUGUUUUCUUGUAAGCUUUAAUUUGGUUUAGGCAUAGUUUGUAUGUAUAUGUUAGCAUGUCUAAUCACAUCUAUAAAUUUAUUGUAAACAAAAUAAUGUGUUAUUUUAGGCCAAUCAUAUCAGCUUUUAAGUUGGUUAUAUGGCCCCUUGAGAAAUGUCCUGAAUCCAUCAUUUAACAUUCAAAGUUUCACCUUACAGUUUAGGUGGUUAGUUCAUUCUUCCUUUGGAUUGUAUUGAAAGUAAGAGCUUUCCUGAUUCUUAAGACUGUAACAUUUUCUUUUAGGGAAAGAGGCUUGACAGUGAGGUAGAAUAAUUGUAUUUCUCAAAUAAAGGCAGGUGGAGGAUUAGAUACAAAAUCAGUAAAAAAUACAUUUUUAUUGCUACUCCAAGGAAUAAGAAUUAGCAAGGAUUUCCUUUGUUUUGAAUUGGUUUUAAGUAUGGAGUAACUAUCUUUAAAAUUAUAAAAAGUAAUUAGCCGUGUUUAUAAAAUGUUAGCAAUCCCUAUUUCAGCAAAUAGGUAAGUUUACAAUCUUUCAGAGAGGCAUGGAACAGUGGGAACUAUUUGACAAAAUUAUUUUUCUCUAGAUUUAGUAUAGAAGUACGAGAACGUUUUAAAAAACAGUUGAAGAAUCAUGGUAAAGAAAUUUGGUGAUCAAAUACAUAUAUAUUCUGAUUUUAAUGUUAGUUGAGAGAAGGAAAAAAUCUCAAGUAGAAGCAUAGAAAGUGAUCAUUGGAAGGGACUUAGGAAAUUGCUGCUUCAUCCGUUUAGCACACUCAGGAGUAUAAUAUGUACCAGUACUAGGAUCUUGAGUGAGAUUGUAUAAGUUUAGCUUUGCCUAAUACAUUAUUAUCUGUAGGCUCUUGGGUAGACUGUAACUUUUCUGAGCCUGAGUUUCUUCUGUAUAAUAAGCAUAAUACUGCCUUAUUUAAAGCUUAUAGUGAAGAUAAAUAAUAAAGGGCUACAAAGGACUAAGCAAACAUGAAUUAUUUUUUGCCAUUGAGAAAUGUGCUUGGGGAGGAGAGCUGACCUCAGAUACAGUUUAUGAUGUAGCCAGGCCCAAAAUUUAGUUUUUCAGUGUCCUAGUGGUUGUUUUUGUUUUUGUUUUUUGUUAUGCCAAAAAGGAGCACAUCUCAAAAAGGCAGAAGGUACAAGUUGUAGGAAUAUUGGAGUUAUCAGUGUGCUUCUGAAGGAAAGUAAAGAUCGCUAUUUCCCAGAGAUUCCUCCCAGAAAUGAUAUAGCAGAUGCUGAAGAAGGAGGCAUUUAUAGUAAUGUUGAGAAGAGAAAAAUGGACUGAGAUGGGAAAUUUGUAAGCUUUUCAAAUGCAGUUUGAUUAUGUGAAUAAAUUAUACUUAGUUAA